ACUGCAGUUUCUCUUUCGAUUUCUCGGCUAGGCCGGGGCAGGCCGAGACCCCGGUGCCCGGGAGGAGCCGGGGCGAGCGGUGCUCAGGAGGCAGCCGCUCUCCGCCUCCCCGGACACCAGCGGAAGCCCCAGCUCGGCGGAGGGACAACCAUGGCAACAGGACAAGCUGCUAAAUCAGCAAGGACAGUUGUCAUCAGUGGUGUUCCAGAUGGCCUUCUGCACAAUGAUGUCAUGAUCGACAUACUGACAAUUCAUUUCCAAAUGUCGAAGAACAAUGGUGGAGAUGUGGAGGACGUAAUGUAUCCCACAGACAAAAAAGGAGUUGCCUAUGUAACUUUUGAAGAUCAAAAAGUUGUAGAGAGUGUUCUUAAAAAGGAUGAACAUCGACUAGAGGACAAGAGGUUCUCCAGAUACUAUCCGCUGAAAGUAACCCGCUUCUCUGAAAAUGUCUUCAGCUCUGUCACAUGUGUCCUCGAUAUGUCUAUUUUCAAAGAACAAUUCAUUAUAGAAGAUCUGAUACAAGAAAUGAAAGAGAGUACAGAUUUGAGCUUUGGUCCUUUGCAAUCCGAUGGGCAUAUUUCUCUUCAGGGAUCAUUUCCAGAUAUCAAAUUGCUAAGAGACUUUCUCUUAUUAAAAGCAAAAUCCAUUUCAGGGAAGGACAAAAGAGAAAAAGGUAUGUCCCACCAGAGACCAAGAAGGAGGCAACAGCAUCAUGGACUUACCACAGAGAUGAGCAGUUUUGUUCAUGGUGUGGAAAAACAGGUGGUUGUUCUUGACACAGAUAUAUAUCACUACAUGAAAUCCUUUUUUCCCAGGACAUUCAUAGUAAAUGAUGACACUGUGAUUUCUGACAUCACUGAUGGUGAUGUAACUACACUAUAUAUUGAGAAUGCUGGAAGUAGGUCUGACGGUGGACAGGCAUUACGAGUCAAAAAGAAAAUUGAAAAUUGGUCUAUAAAACUCCAUAAAACUCUACGUAAGGAGAGGAUUGACUUCAAGGAACACACCAGAGAUGAAAAGCAGAGAUAUAGGAGGGCGUGUGAAAGCGUGAAACCCCAUUACCCUCGUGUUUUGAUCAGCUUUUAUGAUACUCACAUUGAUGUUAUAGGAAAUCCGUCUGAGAUUUUUGAGUUUACAAAGAAAGUGAGCAAUGAGAUUCAGAGCCUGUUUCGCAGCAGGUAGAAAGUUAGUGCUUAUGUUGCUUACAUGUUGUAUUUAUACAGACUGUACCUGUGCACGUUUGUGUCACUGCGGAUCUGUCACAUUGCUCCCACUCACAGAUUGGGCAGUCUGUGUCUGAGGGUGAACAAGCCUGUUCCUCCCAGUUAAGUUUGGAACAGGAAGUAAAUUAUUUCUCUAUCUCUUGUGAGCUUAAGAGACUGAAGAAGCUAGGCCUCUUCUGUCCAGAUACAGCUCCUUUUUCCUUUGUUAGAUGUGUUCUGGGUGUAUGCACAUUUAUUCUCUUGGCAUCAGAGAGCACAGGAUGAGAAAAGACAAUUUUUUGUAAGAGUUCUUAUUAGCAUAAGAAGUCUGACUGACAAAGCUGGGAAAGCCAACCUAAUACAAAAUACUGCACUGAAGCUGAGUUAUAUUUCUCUGCAUGGGGAGAUGACCACCGAAAACAGGAGUGGUGGCCUUUUUCUGUUGAAUUUAUCUGCAAAAGGAAGUUCUUGUCAUUGGGGUGCAAGAAGAAGCUACAGCUUUGACGCUUGAGGGGGUGAAAUGCUUAUUAAAUAUACAGGCUUGUCAUGUCUUGAGAAAGACCUUAGAAGAUCAUAUUGAAGUUCUUGACAGUAAAAAAUAAGUACAUUUAUUUUCAUAAGAGGAAUAACAUGGAUUUUUUUUUCCAGAAUCUUCCCCAGAAGUACUGUGUGCCUAUUGCCCCUCAUCUUUUCCAUGUGGCUCAUUGUUGAAAGGGAGCCUCCAUCUUCUUUGUAGCCACCCUGUACUGGAACAUGGUGAUAAGGUCUCUCUUGAGCCUUCUGUUCUCUUUUUCUGAUUCACAGCAUUAGUACUUCCUAUUCACUACUAUAAAUGUUUAGGGCUGGACUGGUAAAACAGUGGCAUUGGUAUUAGUUUGAAUCCUGACUGAUAACUACUGGCAGAGUGUCACUUUUUGAGUCAAGUUGGACAACAUAAUAGUUUGCAGCAUGGGCACAGGUGUCAUUCAGGUCUUGUUGCCUAGCAAGCAAGCCAUUUUUACUGAGCAAUUUUCAGUCAGAAUCUUAGUGUCUCACAAUCCUGAAAACAUCACAGAUGAAUACAAUUUUAUUGUUGAAUCCUGGUUUAGCUGCAACAGCUCCUCUUCAGAUCCACUUGUCAAGUACCCCUUUGCCACUGCAUCCUUGGCAGUGCUCGGCUGCUGACUGCUGGGGUCUUUCUCUUGCACCCAGCCAGAAUUGACUCAUUGUUUCCAAGUGCUCUCCCAUCUGGCGUCUCUGGUCUCAUACUAAGGAUGUAAUUUCUUUAGACAAAAAGAGCUUUGCAUUGAUGGUUUGGUUUUUUUUUUGUGGUUUUGUUUUUGAUUUCUAUGGAGUGCCUAGUAAAUAGGGACUGGAUUCAGGGUGAAUUAGCAAAUAGUAGCUAUUGUCAUGCUCCAGGCUUUCUGGGGCUACUUUUGCGUGUCAUAUUUGCAGUGGCAUCGACCACAAACACCCCAACUUUGUUACCUUUGAUGGUUCCUUGUACUUACGCAAGGACAAGGCAGGACAGGGUCUUUACUAGAGAUAAUAGAAAGGCUGUGGCAUGUAUGGCCAGGGACUGAGUUACUAUAAAAUUUAAGCCCACAGAGGAACCUGCUUUCUGUAACAAAAAAAAAGCUGUAAUCUACCAGGAUAAACAAAUAUUUGCAGUAAAAAUAUAAACAGCAUUUUAGCAGAAUAACAUCGCAAACGAAGCAUGUAUUUGUUCCUUCCUUUAUAAUGUAGAUAUCAUGGAAAACAAUAGAUGUUUAGCAAAAAAAAAGUCUGAUUUCGUCAUUACCAUGAAUACUUAAAUACAACAAAAGAAAUCAGUAGUAUGUCUGGUAAGAGACUUGGCCAGCUCUCAUUCUCCUGGUUAUUUUUAUGGCAAGAAAAGCAUUGCUGUAUCUGUUAAAUUCCACUUGGGAAAGUAAUUUUGUAUUUGUGUAUAUUGGAAAAUACCUGAGAAACCAUAUCAGAUGUUAUUCUUAGAUCUAAGCCAUUGUAUUCUCAGCACUGGGUUUGCCUUUUAAUUUGAAGACAGAAUUUGCUCAUGGGACCUCAA